UCAUCCACGGAACUUUAAUAGUCAAAAUCAGAACGAUGGAGUUCAGGAAACUUGUGAUUCAGCCCUUGAGUUACAAUAUUCUGUGCUGCUUCUGUUCUACUUUGGUGCUCCCCUUUGCCCGUUCCCUGGUCGUGGCCUGCGUGGCCUCUUACUGGACUGUAAAUUGUGCAUUGUGGUUUUUUUUUUCUAGGUAUAGAUGCUACAAAAGAUCCUGAGGUUAAACUGGGUGCGUUUUUUUCCCCCGCUGCUUCUGAUAUUUAGGAUAGAGUAGGUGCUAAAAUAGCUGAGAUGAUAGAUGGUUUUGCUGUCCCCUGAAAAGUUGCACAAGGUGAAAAAGGUGAGCUUCUUUCCCUUGUGUGUAGAAUUCUCAAUAGUUGCUUUUCCUUAUGCUUUGCAAUGUAGUUUGCUUACUCUGAGAAACUUAUGUUGUUGUCUCUGGAGAGACUAAUGUCAAGCCUGAGAGUGCUGGACAGGCAAUCCUUGGGGAGUAGAAAGCAGAGAACAGGAAGGUCAGCUCCUCACUUGACUUUGCAAGCUGUGGACUGCAACAGGACAAACCACCCAGAGACGAUCGGCUGCCCCAUAAGCAGCAGAGUGUUCUUUUCUCAUCAAGCACAAGUUCCACGCAAACUCAUCCUCCACAGUCUCUCCAAAAGCGCCAUACCCUAUCAUCUCCCAUCCUCUCCUGCUCAAAAAACAACCCAUGCUAAUUGAGGUGUCCAGCUGUGUCUUUCAAGGAAAAGCAACAACCUUUUCUUUAAAUGUGCUGAGGCUCAUCAGAUUAGAUGUUUUGUAGUGGCACGGAUGGGACUUCAAAUGUUGUCGACUUAAGGGAAGUCUAAGUGGAAAUGUGUGCCACGUAAAAUUAAAAAUAAGUCCUGGAAUAAUGCUUCUGUAAGUGAAAACACAAAUCUGCCCCUACCAAUGUGCAAGUACAGCUUAGAAAUGAAAAGGGGUUUUAUAAACUAGCACGGAAAACAGUCAAAGGUGAAGAAUGUGUGCCUUUGCCUUUAAAUGUUAUUCUGUGAUCUGCCUUCAAACACUACUGCCAGAUUUUGCACUCAUAAAGACAAUAUUGAGUUGGUGAGUCAUCCAAAUUUCUCAUUAUUGCAGUUUAUUAUUUGUGAUCCUAACUUCACUAUUGAAAGAAAAUGAUGGGAGUGAGUCUGCAUUAUCCUGAAAGCUAGUAGGAUAUAUCAAACUGAUGUUUGUGCCUCUAGUUAUCUAGAUGGCCAUUGUGGGUCAGACAAAUACAGCAGAAAAUAAAAAUCAAUUGUACAUAUAAAGUGCACAUUAUUGAUGAGUAGGAGCAAAAAGCUCUUGAUCUUAAGAGAAUUUUUCCAUGACGGAAUGAUUUUUAUAGUGUUUGACCUUGAGCUAAGAAAACAUAAUCAAUAUAGCGGUUAGAUGAAGUUUGGGGGAUAUGUAAUAUCCAAAACAAGCAAACAAAAGAGCGAGGUAGCUUCUAGACCUGGAAGAAAACAGUGUUUUGUUCUUGCAUCACUAAGUAUUUUGUUAAUAAAUACUGAAUGUUGGUAUGACAGUUCCAUAAAUAUUCACACAAUGUCUGGGCUAAAGUAAAAGAGUAGCAUCACUGCUAUAAAAUUGGCACUGGCACCUGAAUUAAUUUUGUGAGUCUUCCCUCCAGACUUGUCCAGAUAUCAUUUGACUGAAAUAAGCGUUUUAAAUGAGAUAAUGCAUUUUUGAAUAUUAUGUGCAGAUUGUUAAAUGUUCCUCUUAACGCAAAUCUUUUACAAAACAAGUAGAUCCUCAGAAUCCAUAGUUCACUCUUGUCUAAUACUUAAGAUUUUCAAACAAAGAUGGCUUCAAUGUCAGGCGUGGGAGUGGGGAGAAGCCACUUCAAUGGGUUAAGAAUUUUGUUAACCGAUAGUAAAAUUCUUCUGGCAGAAAUAUGUUUAAAAACUUGCUUUAAGCAGUUAUUAGAAAUGGCUAUCUGUAGACUAACUGAUAGCUUGCAGAAAUGUUUGAUUACUUCUGGGUUAGCUUUCAUUUAACUAUGAAAUCGGACACGACCUAUUGACUGAUCCUCGGCACCAAAAUUAAAAGAUAUUGAUUUGCUGUUUAUAGUUUUUAGUAGAGGAAGUUUAUUUAUCCUAUACAGGCUAUUUGUAUCAGUAAUAUGCGUUUGCAGUGCACUGAUGAGAAUUACCUAAAAGAGCAUUAUAGUGGUAGAUAUACUUCUCAUCUGUUAUUGAUCCUAGCAGUGGUAGUUACACGUUAUCACUAGGCUUGGCCCUUAUGGUUCUGAUACUAGCUCCAGGAACAUCUUUGCACACAAAACAAGCAUGUUUCCUUCCCUGUCCUCCUUUUUCAAAAAGGAGGCCUGUUUCCAUCCCCUCACCACAACGUUUCUGCAAGCAUUUGCCGAGUUGCAAAACAUUUGAAAGCACGUUCCCCAGCCUGCCAUCGCUCCCAAAAUGUAUUGCAAUGGUCUGAUCAGCUCAAGAAAAUUUCGGUUAAAUUUUAAGCUAUUUUAAAUGUAUUUUUGCAUCAGCUCAGCUUACAAGCUGCAGUCUGUCCACAGCUACCAAGCAGACUCUUUAAAGGCGCCAUUUACUGUCACGAUGUACCUCCAGUCUCUAAAACUCCUGCCACAACUUUUCUACUUCUUGGGUUCCAUUUCUAAUGACUUGCUCCUAAAAACAAAUACUAAAUUAAAUGGACUGGAAAAAUAGAAUAGAACAGGUGUGAUGUUCAAGGCUAUUUUAAGUAUGGCAAGAAAGAUGGCAUAAAGAGAAUAAAGAACUGUAGAGUACAAGGACAGAUGCUGUGUAUGGAGAGGGGGGAAGCCUGGAGGGACCAAAAACACUAUUGCUGAGUUUUUACAUCACAAGUAUGACGUGAAGCGGAAGCUGUUCCAAUGGAACAGUUUUUCAGCAAAAAUGUAAAUUGCAUAGUCUUUGUAAGGAUUUAUCUUCUUAACUUUUGCACAGGCAAGCUGGGUGUUCUUUGCUAUGGAGAUAUGUAAAUAAACUAAAACAUAGUCUGAAAGUUAGUACUUUUAAAACCAUUGAUUAAAAGAGUGAAGCAGAAUGCCAAUGCCUUGAUAGAUGCACUCACAGAAAUCUGUAUCUGUAGUUGUGCCAUUCAUUGACCGAGUGAGUUUGGCUACUGUGUAUAUUCUGAAUCAAUUUGUGGUGACAACAAUUUUCAUAAGAAAUGUCUUCCCCAAUUGUAAGUAUAAGCCAUCUUCUGUUGGUUGACAACAGUCUGAAGCUGAGAUUGCUUUUACAGUUUGGAAGAAAAGGGUUAAGGGAGAACAUUCUGAAGGAAGUUAGAGCUCUGUAUUUUUUCAUUUCUAGCUUUUUUUAACAAGAUUCUUUCACUGGAAAUAAUAAUUUGAUUGUAGUUAAAUUGUGCUAGGAGCCACAGCAGACUGAACAACAAAUUGAUUUUCUCCUCCCUCCAUCCAUAGCAAAUAUAAGUGCAAUGUGCAAAGCUUGCAUUCCUUUAAUUGCUCCCGUAGUGAAAUAAACUAUUUUAAAAUAUGAAAUUUGCUCACGCAGUUGGAAGAUGGCAGGGGUUAUAACUUUUCAUUGGAUGCCACAGAGCUUUGCUUUUGCAGAUCUUUGUAAAGAAAGAUUCAGAUAUUAUUGAUCAGAGGAAAUUGGACUAAUAUUACAGUGAUUUUAUUUAUUUAUUUGUUGCUGUUAUCCGCAAACAAAAAGAAAUUAGCUCCAAAAUCUAUGCUUAAAAAUUUAUUUUUUAAUUCUAACACUGCAUUUUUAGUUAGAUGCUUUAUUCCCUCACAAGAUCAUUUAUAUAAUGAUCUUGCAAUUUUUCAUUGCAAAACUGGACCUUACCACAGACUUCAGCUGCAACGUGGAGCUCAGAACAUCUGAAAAUGGAGACCAGGAAAUAUUUCUCUGUUUGUUUACAGGGAAGUAAAACCUCAGUAACUUGGGAACUGUCCUAAACAAAGAUGCUGCUCUCACACCGCUAUCUAUUGGAUAAUGAUUCAAACAGAUCACAUAAUGCUCUUGAAAUGCUCUCCUGUGAGUGUCACAGAGCAGCUUGCUCUGGUGGCUGCCUCUGAAAGGGAAACACCUUAACUACCAGCAGGAACUGUAACUAGUUGCUACAAUCUUCCUUCAUAAAGGCUAAUACUUUAUUUUUGCCGUAUUGUCACCUUUCUCCAUGACUUUUAUGAACGUUUGGUGAGUAUGAUAAUAUUUAAGAGACUUUAAAAAUAACUUUCAGCUUACAAUUUAUGUAGACUGCAUGAGAGAUUUUGGUGUGUUUAUAUAUGAACUCUCUGAAAAAGGUAUAUUUAAGUAGACUUAGCUAAGAACUCAGUCCUGCUAGAAGUCAAGCACCUCAGUUUUCACUGGUUUUGAUGCAGAUUGAGUAUGCCUAAAACCUCCUACUUAUGUCCUUAUCGUGAUGUUACUGAUACGUUAGACAUGGGUGGAUGAUGCACUUCUCUGUGUUGUAGGUGAGAUACACUAAUGCCGAGAUUACCUAUGGGUAGUGGAUUAUGCUGCAGUGGUUACAAUGUGAGAUAUGAUGGUUCUUCCAGUUCAGUUUUCUUGGUAAUACAUUAAGGAAGGACUGCAGCUUUUACAAUAUUUGAUGUUUUUUUUCUCUCAUACAUUUUAGUGUUAAGAUGGCAGAAUAACCAUGGGAGACUGGAAUUUCCUUGGAGGCAUUUUAGAGGAGGUCCACAUUCAUUCUACUAUUAUUGGAAAGAUUUGGCUAACUAUCCUCUUCAUAUUUCGAAUGCUUGUCCUUGGGGUGGCAACUGAGGAUGUUUGGAAUGAUGAACAAUCAGAAUUUAUAUGCAAUACCGAGCAACCUGGUUGCAGAAAUGUGUGCUAUGAUGAGGCCUUUCCUAUCUCUCUCAUAAGAUAUUGGGUCUUGCAAGUUAUAUUUGUGUCUUCCCCUUCCUUGGUGUAUAUGGGUCAUGCCUUAUACAGACUAAGAACCUUAGAAAAAGAGAGGCAAAAAAAGAAAGCUCAAGUCAGAGUGGAACUUGAAAGCACUGAAUUAGAAAUGACUGAAAAUCGAAAAAGGCUGGAGAGAGAACUCCGGCAGUUGGAUCAAAGAAAGCUAAACAAAGCACCCCUGAGAGGCUCUUUGCUCUGCACUUAUGUGAUACAUAUUGUUACUAGAUCUGCAGUGGAAGUUGGUUUUAUGAUUGGGCAAUAUCUUCUGUACGGUUUUCAGCUAGAUCCCCUUUAUAAAUGUCAGAGAGAUCCAUGUCCAAACAUAGUUGACUGCUUUGUAUCAAGACCAACAGAAAAGACAGUGUUCAUAUUAUUUAUGCAAUCAAUAGCGACUGUAUCGUUGCUUUUAAACAUCUUUGAAAUUAUUCACCUAGGAUUCAGAAAAAUUAAAAUGGGACUCUGUGGACGGGAUAAAAACAAGGAUGACCUUGAAGAUUUCUACGUAAAUAAAUCUAAGAAAUACUCUGCAAUACCACACUCUUCUUUGGGAAUAUCUGCAACUCCACAAAAAACUCUUCCUUCUGCACUUAGUGGUUAUUCCUUUUUAAUGGAAAAGCAAACUGACACCGCUGUCUACCCGGUUCUGAGUACUCCUUCUGUGUUUCAGUCUAUUCAAAAUAACCGAACAGGAAGUAGCAACAAUUGCACCCAUCACAAUCAGGAAAGUAAUCUGCCAGAGCAGGGGCCAUCUACAAAUGCUUUAGACAAUCAGAUUCAAAAUACUAGCACAAAUAGUAAUGAAGGCUUAAUUAGGGAGCUAGUUACUGAAGCAAAUGAUUCUCAGAAAGAAGCUGAAAAGAAACAUUUCCUUGUUUAUACUGAGAGUGCAGAUACAGCCUCAAGCAUGUGCUUGAGAAGCUUUGCUGAAAUGCCAUCUCGAACCUCAUGUGAUACCUUUCCUGUUAACAGUUUAAAAAGACAGCGUGGAAUCGGCACCUCACGGAACUGCGCGGCAGUGGCUGAGAGCGCAGGGUCUUCAACACGUUCUCUCCAAAAGAGCAGCAACAGAAGACUCAGCAGUUUCAGUGCAAGCAAAGGCCACGCUACUUCCAAAAUUGACCCAAAAAACCUGAGCCGACCAAACACUCCUGACUCCAUAGGGGAGGCGAGCUCAGAAUCUAAACAAAGCAGAAACUGUGAUAGUCCUCAGCCUGUCCCUCUGUCUAGGCGAAUGUCAUUGUCAAGUAAUGCCAGCAGCAGGCGUGCCCCCACUGAUCUUCAAAUUUAGUGUGAAUUAGCAAGUGAACUGACACCAGUCAAUGCUGGGAGAAUUACUGGACGUUGCAACAUAAGUAAUAGCUACUUCUAAGAGUAGCUAAAUUAUUCAACUUUAACCAGCUCUUUCACAUAGAUAACCAAGUUGUGUACACCUUUGCUUACUAGCUAAGUGAUCUUUAAACUGUAUUUACAUUUUUUAAUACAAAGAUGACUUAAACUCCAGUGUAUAAGCUUCAUUAUCCUUCCAGCUAAAGAGGAAAACAUACAUCAUAUAAAGCCACACAUUAGGAAAAGUCAGGGAAGUCCAGGUUAAAACUUUAGGCCUAGCAAAAUACAAGGAUUAAAAUCACAACUGAUAAUAUUUAAAUUGAAUAAAAUUAGAGACAAUCAGAAUUAAUACUGCUAAUGUAGGCUUACACUUUGCGUUUUCUGGAGUGAAAUUUUCAGCGGGCACAUAAAUUUGUGCUAAUGCAUAUUUUGCAUUUAAUGUGCCUGUUUAAAGAGUCUAGUAUUUAAUACACUUUUCUUCCACUAUCUAAAUAAUAGAAACAUUAGCAUUCAGAUGCUCACAAACAGCAUUUGACAUUCAAACUUCUGUUGA